AUGGAGCUAGUUAAGAGCUCUAGCAUCCACAAAAGAUGGGUCAACGGUGACACUGUCGCUGAUGCUAACAACACUGAUCCGGAUGUUACCAGUGAUUGUACUUACUGGGCUAACGACAUUGGCCCGAAUGAUACCUGCGCAGAGCUGGAAAGUUACUUUGGUAUCACGUUCGCGCAGUUGAAAGCUUGGAAUCCGUCUUUGUUAGAAGACUACUGCGUGUUGAUCGAAGGAUGGAACUACUGCGUGAGCGGCCCCGAUGUUGCGGCCUCCCCAACAAGCACCACGCAUGAUACUACUUGCUACAGCAUCCAGGAUCUGUACCGCAACUUUACGUUGGACCAGUUUUAUACCUGGAAUCCCUCGAUCACCACUGAUUGCCAGGGCCUCGCCACUGGAUUCUACGUCUGCGUUGGUGUUAGCGUCCCAAGCAGUGUUCCCAGCACCGCAACUGCUACAGCAACGAGUUUGUUACCUGAUACCCCUCAACAGUCCGGGAUUGUUGCCAAUUGUGACAAGUACUACUAUGUCAACAAGGGCGACAGCUGCCAAACCAUCCUUGACACUUACGGUCUCACCAUGGCCCAGUUCUAUAGCUGGAACCCCGCCGUGGGCUCUAAUUGUGGGGAGAUGGAGUAUGGUUACUACGUCUGUGUGGGCAUUUCUGGAUCAUCUAGCCGCACCCGUGCCACCACUCAACCGCCCACCACACCCGCCUCCACGACCGUCACCACCCCAUCAACGACGGCAUCGACCGCAACCAGCGCCGGACCCGCCCCGACGCAGCCCGGCAUCACCGCCUCCUGCGUGACAUACUACCAGGCCGAAUCGGGCGACAGCUGCUGGUCCAUCGCCGCGCAGAAGUACGCGUACCUGACCGAGAGCGAGUUCAUCUCGUGGAACCCCGCGGUGGGGUCGACCUGCGCCGGCCUGAUCGCCGGGUAUUACUACUGCGUGGCGACGCGCGCGGUUGAGCCCAUGCCGGGGAUCAUCUCGACCUGCACGGCCUAUCACCGCGUCGCGGAGGGCGAUAGCUGCUGGACCAUUGAGGAAGCCCACGGCCUCACGGCGACGGAGUUCGCGACCUGGAACCCGGAGGUGGGCGCGAGCUGCGCGGCGUUGUGGGAGGGGUAUUAUGUCUGUGUGGGUGUUUAG